AUGGCCUUCAUGACCAGACUUGCGACCUGGCUUUGGGGUCAGGAUCCAAAGGAUCGGGCUCUGCUUGCCAAGCUGGAUGUUACUCUGCUCCCUUAUUUUUCCCUUAUUUGGUUCCUUUUUGGUGUGACACGGUCUAGCUAUUCCUCGGCCUACAUCAGCGGUAUGCGAGAGGCCCUCGGGUUCGAGGGGAAAGAAUACAACUACAUGAGCACCGCGUACCUGGUAGUCUAUGCUGUCUGCCAAAUGCCCGGUACAAGCCUUCUCACAGUGGUGCGACCGAAAUAUGUCUUUGUUACUGCCAAUGUUACUUGGAGUGUCUUGACCUUAAUCACGUACAAGAUGACUCGGGCCUGGCAGGUCAUUUUGUUGAAUGCGAUCGAAGGAGGGUUCUCGGCCAUCGCAUACGUUGGUGCACAAUUUAUCCUAGCCUCGUGGUACAAAAAGUCGGAGCUCGGAAUGCGGGCAGCGGUAUUCUGCGUAUUCGGCCAAUUGGGGACACUGUCCGGUGGCUGGAUUCAAGCCGGUCUGUUAGAGACACUGGCGGGUAAAGGUGGCCUGCCUGCAUGGAAGUGGAUAUUCAUCAUCGUUUCAGUGAUGACUAUCCCGGUGGCACUCUUCGGCUGGGUCUUCAUUCCGGACCUUCCAUCACACCGUGCAGCUUGGUAUCUUACCGAUGAGCAGAAGGAACAUGCAGCAACUCGACUGGGUGCCAUCUCCAAGAAGUCUUGGGAUACCACGGUCUUCAAGCGCGUGUUGCUGAGCUGGCAAUUCUGGCUUUUGCCGUUUGUCUUCAUGUUGUAUUCAGUUUGUGUGCAAAUGCUAGGAAACAACGUUAUGGCCUACUGGCUAGCCUCACGGGGGUACACGGUCGUCCAGCAAAACACCUAUCCUACCGUCAUUCAUGCAACUGCCGUUGUGGGCAUAGUUGCAUAUGCAGCGAUUUCAGACAGGCUACAAUCGCGAUGGGAGGUCUCUAUCGCCAUUGGUCUAACUUUCGUUGUUGGCUCGGCUAUCCUUGUCUCGACCCCUGCCACGGACGCUGGCUACUUUGUUGCCUUCUACUUACUCGGAACAACAUACGCUCCCCAGGCUGUCUGGUAUUCUUGGAUGGCCGACGUUACAGGCCAUGACCUCCAGCUGCGUGCCAUCACAACUGGAUUCAUGAACUCCUUUGACUUUGCUUUUGUGACCUGGUGGCCGCUGGUCUUCUACCCAGUAACCGAUGCGCCCAACUUCAGGAAAGGGUAUAUUGCGAGCUUGGUGACGGGAAUGUUAACUCUCCCAGUUAUUGGCCUUAUUGCUUACCUUGAAAAAAGGGACACCGCUAGAGGAAUUAUUGGAAGAACCCGUGGUGCUAGCUUACUCGAAGAAGAGCCGGUUAUUUCCAGAAAUAGUGAGCCGGGAAAGUAUGGAAGCACUGCGAUAACCGUGCGCAACACUGAGGACGGUGUGUAGUCAUUCAGCAGAUACCAGACACAUGGCUUGGUCGAACUAAUUCUGUGUUUUGGGAGACAAAUGGGAUGUGCUUAUUUUUGUUCGUUAGCCAAUAACAGAUUGGAAAAAUCAUGAAGGC